AUGUCCACCUUACCACUUCCAAAACGAAAGAGAAGUGAGAGGUUAUACAGCUCCGAAGAUUUUGAUGAUGAGAGAGUGCGGAGGACAAUGUUUUCAUCUUUUCAUAAAAUGAAUCACCCAACAAAUUUAAAAUUUCCGUUGGCUGAGCAAUUUCUAGUUGUAGGAACUCAUAAAAACAACGACACUCCACAAAUUUUAUUUAAAUUUCCAGACUACCAAAUUCAAGAUUUUUCAGAAACGAUUUUAGUUGAAUAUUGUUUCCCAGAUGUAGUGAAGAAAACGAAAGUACUUUUUAAAACUCAAGACAGUUUCAACGAAAUAUCCAAAUCACUCAAUUUAUCUCACAAGAGUGUUGCGAAUUAUUUCACUUUAUAUUUUACGGGAACUCAUUUGAAAUCAAAACGAUUUGCUCAUUGUAUAACAAAACAAAGAUUGUUUUGUUGUAAAGUCGACGAACAAGAUUCUUCAUUUCGGUGUAUUCAAGAUGAUAUCGUUUUCGUUUUACUCACACAAUCAGAGAAACACUCUCUCUCACUUUCUUUCAUAGAAUCUUUAUUAGACUUCCCAGAAAUCAACGAGAUGAUGAUGACUGAUUUUUUGCCAACCGAGUCCCAGUCACAUUUAGAACUCCAUUUAACGGAAUUUUUCAACCACACCAGUGAUAUUUCAAUUCCGUUAAAACUUGAUUGGAAGGACACGCCACUUCCGAACAAACAGUGUUUAUUGUGUCAGUGUUUAUUCCUCAACAAAAUUCCAAUCAAAGAUUUAGUCAUUUUAACCACAGCGACUUUAUUAGAGAAAAAAGUGUUUAUUUUGUCCCCUUAUAGAGACUUAGUUUCCUCAACGCUUUCAUUUUUGAUUCAGUCGGUGUCUCCUUUUAAGUACGAAUUUCCAGUCAUUCCCGUGUUGACAAAGUCGACGUUUGAUUUAAUCGACUCUCCAACCCCUUUAGUCAUUGGCCUAACAACAAACUGUUUUACUCAGACGGAACUCCCUGAAAAUUCGGUGGUCUACAACAUCACCACAAAACGAUUUACUUACGCGGAGAAACUCAUUUUGCCGAACUUCCCGAACUUCGAUAUUGUCUGUAAUGACAUCGAAAAGACUAUUCAGCCACUGAAGAAGUUCAUUCCACACAGUGUUGAAGAGUGUGCGGAGAAGCAUUCCGAGGUCAUAGUGUGGGCUAUUCAGCGGAUAGAAAUGGAGAUGCGGAUCCUUUUAGUUGACUUUGAAGAGUAUUGUAUAACCAAUCGGAGUGGUAAAGGUACAACAAGUUUGUUUAUGGCCGAUCAGUUCAUCAGUGGGUUCAAGAAAGACUCCAACUUUGUCCAAGAAGUCGUGAAGACCCAGAUGUUUGCUAAUUGGGCGGGCGAGCAAUUAGAGGAGAUCGACGAGAAAAAGAGGGCGGCGGUGUUAAAUAAUAACUAA